CGGAACUGCGCAGUCCGCGCGAAAAAUUGCAGAAAAAAAAACGGCUAACCCCACAACUGUUGUGUACGGCCCACCACGGCCUCGGGUCUAUAUAUAAGCGCAUCGCCAUCACCAGUCAAGACAAUGGCCUAACAAUAAUUCAUCUGACACAAUCAAGCCCAGGCUCGGAACUCAAUCAGAAUAUUCGCGCAUUGCCCAAGACUCGCUCUACUUUCCCCUUUUUCUUGAGACAAAUUUACCUGCCGUGUAAAUCUCGAGUGUGACUCCUUAUUGCUUUUGCGCAGCCCUUUUACUUUUUGCGCCCCCCUCCGGCUAGACCAACAGCACUAAAUUUACGAUAAAAAUGUCCGACUUGGAAGCACAGCAAUCACAGCCCCAGGCCCUCAACUCCCGCGACGUGCCUGUGACACGCGUGGUGCAUGACGACCAGUACAUCCACUUUGGCAGUGAGCGUUUUUUGAAGAGCGACCUCGCAUCAGCCUUCGGUGGUGAGAUGAACCCCGGUUCGGCACCUGCCCCCAAGCACAACUUGGCCAACCCUGCGCCCCUUGGGCUCUCCGCCUUUGCGUUGACAACUUUUGUCUUGUCGUUGAUCAACUUUGGUGCACGUGGUGUCACGGUGCCAAAUGUCGUUGUGGGCUUGGCGUUCUUUUACGGCGGAGCCGCGCAGUUUGUCGCAGGCAUGUUUGAGUUGGCUGUGGCCAACACUUUCGGUGGCGUGGCUUUGCUGUCGUAUGCCGGCUUUUGGUGUUCAUGGGCGGCAAUCCAGGUGGACUCCUUUGGCAUUGUGUCGGCGUACGGCGGCGACGACCAGGAGUUGGCAUACUCGCUUGGUAUUUUCUUGAUGGGAUGGUUCAUCUUCACGUUUUUCUUGACGGUGAUGACAUUGAAGUCGACGCUUGCGUUCUUCUUGCUUUUCUUCUGUUUGAGUCUCACGUUUUUGCUUUUGAUGAUUGCCGAGUUCAACGGCUCGGUCAAUGUGAAGAAGGCCGCGGGUAUUUUCGGCAUUCUUACUGCGUUCAUCGCAUGGUACAACGCAUACGCCGGUAUUGCCAACUCGCAGAACACCUACUUGACUGUCAGAGCAAUUUCGUUGCCCGACCUCCUGAAGUAGGCCUCUGAGAUGGCGUCUCUGAACGAAUAAUUCUGCAUUGCGCGGCUGGAAGACGAAAGGUUCGGCCGUUGGUGGUCAGAGAGACUUUCUCGAGAGGGUGAGCUAUAUACUGUUUAUGAAUAACUUGAAUGCAACUUAACUUAUUGACCCUUACAU